CCUCUCUCUCUCUACAGAACUCUCUCUCUAAAAUUUCUCCCUCUUCUCUCUCUAUAACCCAUUGACACCUGCUGUACUGGUAACUCCAACUCACCAAACCCCACCAGAAACCAGACUGUUUCUCUCUCUAUACAGCGAGCCCAGGCUUCUCCCUGUACUCGUGACGAUGGGAACCUCGAUCGCGGAGAGAGAAACUAGGGUUUGCAUAAACGAUGCCCUUACCGAUGAUGAGCUCAGGGCUAUACUAUCAAAGUUGCAGAGCGAAAGGGAUAGGGAUAGCUUUGGCCUCGUGUGCAAAAAAUGGUUGAUGCUGCAGAGCAGUGAGAGAAAGAAGCUUUGUGUUAGAGCUGGGCCAGUGAUGCUCGAAAGAAUAGCUCGGAGGUUUAGAGGAGCGAGAGAAUUGGAUAUUUCUCAGUCUGUAUCGAGAUCAUUUUAUCCGGGAACUCUUGAUGCUGAUCUCUCUGUGAUAGCUGAGGGGUUUAAGAGCUUGCAGUUCCUUAAUCUGCAAAAUUGUAAAGGAGUUACAGACACUGGAUUGAAGGCGCUUGCUCGAGGUCUUUCGCAUUUGCAAAGUUUAGAUGCUUCCCAUUGUCGUAAAUUGACAGACAAAGGCUUCAUUGCCAUUUCUGAAGGGUGUCAUAAAUUAAGAAGCUUACACCUAUCUGGUUGCAAAUCAGUUUCUGACUCAUUAUUACAUGCCUUGUCCAAGAACUCUCGGUUUCUGGAAGAACUAGGUUUACAGGGUUGCAUCAAUGUUACUGACUCUGGUGUCUCUGCUUUAGCAGAUGGGUGCCAUUUAAUCAUGUUCCUUGACCUUAGCAAAUGCUCCAAAAUUGGAGAUAUUGGGCUUUCAAAGCUCUCAAAGGCGUGCCCUUCUCUUAUCACCCUUAAGCUUCAGGACUGUUCUAAUAUUGGUGAUGAAACCCUGUUUUCCUUGGCGGAGUCUUGCCCAGAUCUCGAAACUCUAAAUGUUGGGGGUUGUAGAAACAUCACAGAUGAGUCUAUAAAACGAUUGGCUUCUUCAUGCAACAAGAACCUCAAGAAUUUGCAGUUGGAGUGGUGUUUGAAUAUCUCAGACUCUGCUGUAAGCUUUGUGCUCUCAAAGUGUGAUAAUCUUGAGGUUUUAGAUAUUGGGUGUUGUAAUGAGGUGACUGAUAUGGCUUUUGGAGGCUUGAAGGGGUUGUCUUUGAGGGUUUUGAAGGCAAGUAGUUGCCCUGGAAUUACGGUUCUGGGGAUCAGUGUUUUGGUUGAAGUGUGUCAAAAUUUGGAGUAUUUGGACAUCAGAUCGUGCCCUCAUCUUACACCGGAGGCUUGCGAGCAAGCCGGUCUGCACUUUCCGAAAUCAUGUAAAGUGAAUUUCAUUGGCAGCCUUUCUGAGGUAAUAUUUUGAGAUAUAUGUGUAUAUCUCAUCGAAUUUUAGUUUGCAUACAUCUUCAUGCAUGCUCUCUCUCUCUCUCUCUCUCUCUCUCUCUCUCUCUUUCACAGUUAGAUUUGUAGGUUCUCUUGUAACUGACAUUAGUUUGGACUUGGGCUUUGAUAUAGCUAAAUUACCAGUGAUGGAUAUAAAGAGCAUUUAAUGAACACAUGGAAAUGGGGUGAUGGGAUUUUCUCAUGGGAUAUAUGUGUUGCUUUCUGUGGAGCACUAUUUAGGGGAGGUUGUAUUUGUGUAAUGUAUUCUUGUGCUGGUGCUUUCACGGAGCACCUUGGACUUUUUUAUGGAAUGUACAAAGCAAAAUACCCAGAGAAUACCAAUGGGAUAUUUUAACAAUUGCUUUGGAGCAUGCUAUGUAUUUACUUCUUGGACAAACGGGCUUUAUAUAGGAGGAAUGUUUUUUA